CCCACAUGCAGUGCAGUCAGGCACAUACACACAUCCAUCUGCCUAUGUCACGUGUAGGGGAGGUAGACGGUUGCCGGGCUGCGGGAAGCCUCCCCUGUCGCCGCCGUGUGUCCACGCCGACAUUCGAGUUCCCUCUUGCGCCCCUGGCUGUGUGGGCCACAUGGACCCGGCUUCCUUUCGGUGCGUCGCCGGCCCCCUGUGGUGAGCAUAGAACGUGACGUUCUUGGCGGCCGUCUUGGGCACCACCCUCUCCGUCAUCGGUAUGGCCGAUGUGACGCGCUGCAGCUCCUCGGCGAAAAGGGCCGAGGAGGGAGGGGGAAAGCCUAAGGGGAGAGGAAGUGGCGGCCGCCGAGAGGGUUUCGGUGGGUGGUGUGUGGCAGGGGGUGGUUGUGCUGUGUGCUGGGUGGAGGGAGGGGAGGGUGGCACGACGAUCGGGGGUCGCGAGUCGAUGUCUAUAGAACACAGCGCGGUCGUCACCUUGGUUGGAUCUGCAGCAACCAAACCAGGGACGCACACAGGUCAGUCAGCUAUGUGAUGUCCUUCGUGCACAAACUGCACUGCCCCACACGCUUUGUUUCGCUUACCUUUCUCCGAGUCGAGUCUGUAUUUCUUUUCGAUCUUGUCGACUUGCUGCUGCAGCCGUUUCUUCUCGAGGCCGUGUGCUAUGGUGAGGUUCUGCCACAUGGUGCGGUGAUGGCGGUGCAGCGACUCCAGCUCAGCCGCCUCCUGCUGACACUCGGCCGCACGCAUGCUGCCUAUGCGGUCAUCGAGGGCUCGCUGCUCCCGCUGCUGCUGCUCAAGCAGCUGGUGCUUGCGACGCUCCACGGCCUCUAAAGACAGGAGGUGCGCUUUCUCGAGGCCGGCGGACUCGAUGCGCUCCACUCUCUUCUUGAGCUUGUGUGCUGCGGUGUGCUCGCCCAUCCGGCCCAACACCUCCAUCUGCUUCCUCAUCUUGAGUGUCAAAACCGUAGGACGGGCCUGCAUGGAGGCGGGGGGACGCAUUAGUUAGUGAGGGAUACACAUGGAUGAAGUCAUUGCAAUCCCGCAGAGACGCACCUUGUGUUUCUCUGCCGUCAGUUUGCGGUCGAGAUUGUGGUACUCGAUGGUCUGCCGCUCUCGGAGUGUCUCCUGGAGCCUCAGUAUUUGCGCCUCCAGCCCCGCCCACUCCACCUGCUGCCACCGGUCACGGAAUGCCGCCAUCUCGCUCUCCUGCUGAGUCAAUGCCUCCUUUCUCUCGCUGCAGCAACAAGGUGACAUACAGGAAAUGAUCCGCUCAUGGGGCUGUUGCAAUGGCUGCAUGUGUUUGCCCGGCUACCUACCGUUCGUGUCGUUCAUGCAUGUCCCUGGCUAGCUCCUCCUGAUGGAAGAGCCGCAGCUCCCGCAGCUUCAUCCUUGCCUCGAACGCUCUCUGGAAGUCGCCGCUGGCCUCACACAUGGCGCUCUCUUUUUUGAGGAUCUUGAUGAAGUCCUCGUGGAGCCGCUGCUCGGCCGGGGGCACGUGGGCCGCACGAACAGCCCCGAUGCCCAUCGGCCGAGGAACCAUGGCGGUCAGCAAGGGGAGAGAAGGG